GGAGGCCCCAGGCAUCAGCAGCACCAUGGACUGGUAUUGGAGAUCUGUUUGCUCUGUGCUAACCUUGCGUGGAACCCUGAGGACUGAGAAUACACACAUAUCCUGAAAGUCUUCUGGAAUUCAAGUUCUAAGAGAUCUACAGGAACACCAGGCCUCACUGUGAAACAGAAAGCAAAUGAAACAGAUUGAAAAUCUUCAAUCUGUGGAGAAGAGGGCAGCUGGAUUGCUCAACCAGUUUUACAGAAUGAAGAGUAACUUUACAGCAAGAAGAUAGCAUUGGGAUCUUCGGUGACAUGUCCAUUUGGAAACUAUAUCUUCUACCAAGAUAUACUGAUAUAUUUAUUCAGAACAAUGAACUUCAUAAAGGAAAACAGUCAAGUCCUCAUUCAGAGGAUGGGCAUGACUGUGAUAAAGCAAAUUACGGACGACCUGUUCGUAUGGAAUGUUCUGAAUUGUGAGGAAGUCAACAUCAUUCGCUGCGAGAAGAUCGAGCAGGAUGCUGCGAGAGGGAUCAUCCACAUGACCUUGAAGAAGGGCUCAGAGGCCUGCCACCUCUUUCUCCAGUCCCUGGAAAAGUGGAACUAUGCUCUCUUUCAAGACUUGAAUGGACAGAGUCUUUUCCAUCAGCUCUCAGAAGGGGACUUGGACGAGUUGGCUCAGGAUUUAAAGGACCUCUACCACAUGCCAUCCUUUCUGAACUUCUAUCCCCUGGGCGAAGACAUCGACAUCAUUUUUAACUUGAGAAGCACCUUCACAGAACCUGUGCUAUGGAGGAAGGACCAGCACCACCGCCGCGUGCAGCAGCUGACCCUGGGGGACCUGCUGGGGACGCUGCAGAGCCCCUGCAUCAUCGAGGGGGAGUCGGGCAAAGGGAAGUCCACUCUGCUGCAGAGGAUUGCCAUGCUCUGGGCCUCGGGCAAGUGCGACGCUCUGGCCAAGUUCAAGUUCGUCUUCUUCCUCCGCCUGAGCAGGGCCCAGGGUGGGCUCUUUGAAACGCUGUGUGAUCAGCUCCUGGAUGUCCCUGACAUGAUCCAGAAGCGGACCUUCAUGGCUAUGUUGCUGAAGCUACGCCAGAGGGUCCUCUUUCUCCUGGACGGCUACAACGAAUUCAAGCCCCAGAACUGCCCAGAGAUCGAAGCCCUGAUUAAGGAAAACCACCGGUACAAGAACAUGGUGGUCGUCACCACCACCACGGAGUGCCUGCGGCAUGUCAGGCAGUUUGGUGCCCUGACUGCCGAGGUGGGCGACAUGACGGAGAACAGUGCCCAGGCUCUCAUCCGGGCAGUGCUGGUCAGGGAGCUGGCCGAGGGCUUGCUGCUCCAGACCCAGACAUCCCGGUGCCUGCGGAAUCUGAUGAAGACCCCUCUCUUUGUGGUCAUCAGCUGUGCCAUCCAGAUGGGUGAGAGUGAGUUCCACUCUCACACGCAGACCAAGCUGUUCCGCACCUUCUACGAGCUGCUGAUACACAAAAACAAACACAGGCACCAGGGGACCAGGGCUGGCGACUUCACACACAGCUUGGAGCGCUGUGGGGACCUGGCGCUGGAGGGCGUGUUCUCCCGCAGGUUUGACUUUGAACAAGAGGAUGUGUGUGGCGUGAAUGAGGACGUCCUGCUGGCCACGGGGCUCCUCUGUAAAUACACCGCGCAGAGGUUCAAGCCUAAGUAUAAAUUCUUCCACAAAGCGUUCCAGGAGUACACAGCAGGGCGGAGGCUUAGCGGUUUACUGGCAUCUCGGGAGCCAGAGGAGGUAGCCCAGGGCAACAGCUACCUGCAGAAAAUGGUUUGCAUUUCGGACAUUACGUCCAUGUACAGCAACCUGCUCCUAUACACGUGUGGGUCGUCUGCCGAGGCCACCAGAGCCGUGAUGAGACACCUCGCAGCAGUGUCCCAGCAUGGCAGCCUGCACGGACUCUCGGUCACCAGGAGGCCCCUCUGGAGGCAGCAGUCAAUGCAAAGUGUGAAGAACACCACUGAGCAAGAAAUCCUGGAAUCCAUCAACAUCAAUUCCUUCGUGGAGUGUGGCAUCAAUUUAUUCCACGAGAGUAUAUCCAAAUCAGCCUUGAGCCAAGAAUUUGAAGCUUUUUUCCGUGGGAAAAGCUUAUAUAUCAACUCAGAGAAUAUCCCUGACUACUUAUUUGAUUUCUUCGAACAUUUGCCAAACUGUGCAAGUGCCCUGGAUCUUGUUAAGCUGGACUUCUAUGGGGGGCCUCCAGUCGCAGGCGACAUGAGCAGGGUCGGCACGGAAGAGACCCCACAAACCUACAUCCCCAGCCGGGCUGUGUCUUUGUUCUUCAAUUGGAAGCAGGAGUUCAAGACUCUGGAGGUGACGCUCCGAGAUUUCAGCUGGCUGAACAAGCGAGAUAUCAAAUAUCUGGGGAAGAUAUUCAGCUCCGCCACAAGCCUCAGAUUGUACGUUAAGAGGUGUGCUGGCAUGGCUGGGAGCCUCAGCGCGCUCCUCGCCAGCUGCAGGAACCUCCAGUCACUCCUGCUGGAAGCCAGUCCCCUGACGGCGGACGACGAGCAGCACAUCACAUCGGUGACCCAGCUGGAGACGCUGAGCGUUCACAAGCUGCAGACCCCGCGGCUGCCAGGUGGUUUGACGGACAGCUUGGGUAACUUGAAGAAUCUUGUGAAGCUCAUACUGGAUAACAUUAAGAUGAAUGAGGACGAUGCUAUAAGGCUAGCUGACACCCUGACAAACCUGAAGAAGAUGCGUCUGUUUCGUUUGACCCACGUGUCCGACAUCAGACGGGGAACGGAUUACAUUGUCAGGUCUCUGACCGGCGAACCCUGUGCCCUGGAAGAAAUCCAGUUAGUGUCCUGCUGCCUCUCAGCAAACGCUGUGAAAACCCUAGCUAGGAAUCUUCACAAUUUGGUCCAACUGAGCAUUCUUGAUUUAUCGGAAAAUUACCUGGAAGAGGAUGGAAAGGCUGCCCUCCAGGAACUGAUUGAUAGGCUGGGCACCCUGGCUCAGCUCACUGCACUGAUGCUGCCCUGGUGCUGUGAUGUGCGCGUCUGCCUGGCCAGCCUGCUGGAGCAACUGUGGGGCACCCCGCAGCUCAUCAAGCUCGGCCUGAAAAACUGGAGCCUCACAGAUGCCGAGAUUAGAAUUUUAGGUGCAUUUUUGGAAGAGAACCCUCGGAAAGACUUCCAGCAGCUGGAUCUGGGAGGGAAUUGUGUGAGCAGUGCCGGAUGGCUCGCCUUCCUGGGUGUCUCUGAGAAUCUUAAGCAAUUGGUGUUCUUUGACCUGAGCACUGUGGGAUUUUUCCCCGAGGCAGCACUGGUGAGAAAACUUAGCCACGUGGUAGCCAAGUUAACUUCCCUGCAGGAAGUCAGGCUUGCUGGCUGGCAAUUCGAUGAAGAUGACCUUAGUGUUAUUGAAGGUGAUUUUAAACUAGUAACUGCUUAAAUCAAGAGGUCCUCAAGCCAAUGAAUGCCGGGGGACCCCAUUACGUCUUACCUGGAGACUUAAAAAUCUUGGCCAAAGAAAGCCAAAGAAAAAGGCAAAGUGUGAGAGAGUUUAAUUGGAUGACAUAUGUAAUCAUUCCAUGUCUCAGCUCUCCGAUUACGAUUCCUAGCUCCCAGAAGGCAUCUUGCUUGUGUGUUACUCUUGGCCCCAAAAACAGGAUACAAAAAGGGAUGUACCAGGCCUGCCGCUGUGGCAUAACAGGUAAGGCCGCCGUCUGCAGUGCCGGCAUCCUAUAUGGACACCAGUUCAAGACCUGGCUGCUCCACUUCCGA